GAAAAAUUCAAGAAGGUGAGGCCUGAAGGAGCCUCGUCGGAGAGUGGUGGCUCCGAGUCUGGAUUUGAAGGAAGACCGGUCCAUAAUUUUGAUGAUAAAAAUAUGAGGAAUGAUGACAAUGUUAGUGGUGAUGGUCAGAAGUUCGAGUAUUUUGGGUGGGUGUAUCAUCUAGGAGUCAAUUCAAUUGGGCGUGAGUAUUGCCACCUGCGGUUUCUCUUUAUACGAGGAAAGUAUAUGGAGAUGUACAAAAGAGACCCCCAUGAAGAUCCUUCUGCUAAACCCAUCCGCAGGGGUGUCGUGGGGCACACUUUUAUGGUGGAAGAGUUAGGCCGUCGGAAGGUUAAUGUUAAAGAUUUUUAUAUACUAAGAUUUUACAAUCGGUUGGAUGAGACGAGAAAGGGAGAAAGGAGAAUCACACUACAGAUUUCCACUAAAGAAUGAAUCGCUAAAAUGUGAAAUCAAGAUCUGAGAUUUAUGUUAAAGCUCCAAGAAACAAAUCAGUUUUGAUUGGCUGAAGUGCAUAUGGGCUUUUGAUCAAUGUGCAAACUUUAUGAUUGCUUGUCUCACAGCUGGUGACGCUCGAAAAUGGAUGGAAGCAUUUGAUCAUGCAAAGCAACAGGCAGCAUAUGAGCUUUCAAGAGGUGGUAGUGCAAGAAACAAGCUGAACAUGGAGGAUGAGAUUAACCUUGAAGGUCAUCGGCCGAGAGUACGUAGAUAUGCCCGUGGUUUGAAAAAGCUAAUAAGGAUAGGUCAAGGCCCAGAAAUGCUUUUGCGCCGGUCCUCAAGCUUGGGUUCUGGUGGUAGACCGGAUGCAUAUUUUGAUGCAGAUAGCGGAGAUGUAGUUGAAGCACAUCAAUGGAAAUGCGUUCGUACAAUGGGCGGUGUGAGGAUUUUUGAAGAUGUCUCCAACCCAAAGAGUGGUAAAGGCAUCUUGGUCAAAGCUGUUGGUGUUGUUGAUGCGAAUGCAGAUACUGUAUUCGAAAUCGUGUUGAGUCUUGAUCGAAAUAAGAGAUACGAGUGGGAUACAAUAACAGGUGACUUGGAGAUGCUUGAUUCUGUAAAUGGACACUAUGAUGUUGUGUAUGGGACAUUUAAUCCAAGAUAUUUGAGUUGGUGGCAGACAAAAAGAGAUUUUAUUUUUUCAAGGCGAUGGUUUCGAGGACAAGAUGGAACAUAUACAAUCCUGCAGUUUCCUUGUGAACACAAAAAGCGACCUUCAAGAUCUGGUUAUGAACGCACAAUAAUCAACCCUUCUACUUGGGAGAUCAGUAAUUUAAGCACAUAUUCGUCAUCAAAUGCUGCCAGAUGUCUGGUGACACAAAUGCUAGAGAUAAGCCCUAGAGGUUGGCUUAAAUGGAGGAAUAAUCGUAGCCAGAAAUUUGAAAAGACUGUUCCCUAUGCGUUGUUGAGUCAAGUGGCAGGUCUGAAGGAAUAUGUUGGAGCAAAUCCAGCUUUUACAUCUGUAUCGUCUACCACAUUUGUUCAAUCAAAAAUAUCUCAUGCUUCUUCAUCCAGUAGUGAAUUUGAGGAUGCAGAAGUGCCAGAUGAGUUUUACGAUGCAAUUUCUGCUGAUUCAUCAUCAGAAGACGAGGAUGACGAGGAUGACAUGGAAGUCAAUAAGGACAAAAAAAUUAAACUCAAGAACGUUUCAUGGGCUAUAGCAAGCUUGGCACUAAAGCGAACUUCAGCCCCAGAUAUAAACAAGGAGUUAAACUUGCACGAACCCCCAAUCAGUCUCGAGCCAAGUCAAUUUUAUGGAUCCAUGAGGAGAGCAAAGAAUGAAGGUGAUACAAAUUGUUGGUCUUCUCCAGAUGGUACAGGAUUCAUGAUCAGAGGGAAGACGUACUUGAAAGAUAACACCAAGGUAAAAGGAGGAGAACCUCUUCUCAAGCUCAUAGCAGUUGACUGGUUCAAGGUGGACAACCCUGCAACGAAGGUUGCAAUGUAUCCUAAAAGCCUUAUUCAGACUGAUGCAGGGAAAAAACUUCCAUUUGUCCUUGUGAUCAAUCUUGAGGUCCCUGCCAAACCAAACUACAGCCUGGUUCUCUAUUAUGCUGCAGAUAGGCCUGUAAAUAAUAAUUCUUUGUUGGGUAAAUUUGCUAAUGGAACUGACCUGUUUCGUGAUUCAAGAUUCAAACUUAUUCCCAGCAUUGCUGAGGGAUACUGGAUGGUAAAGCGUGCAGUUGGAACAAAAGCUUGCAAGCUAGGAAAAGCAGUAACUUGCAAAUACCUUCGGCAAGAUAAUUUUCUGGAGAUAGAUAUAGAUAUUGGCUCAUCAUCUGUUGCAAGGAGCGUCAUUGGCCUUGUCCUUGGAUACAUUACAAGCAUUGUUGUCGAUCUUGCAAUAGUUAUAGAGGCUCAGGAAGAGGAAGAACUCCCAGAGUACAUCCUUGGAACUGUUAGACUAAAUCGCUUGCAGCUUGAAUCUGCUGUGCGUUUGGAGGUUUGAGGUUCCAAAAUGUAGGUACAUUUUACUGAUUUGAUCGGUGUAAAGCCCCUGACCUUUUUGUUAUCUCUGGUUAUGUUGUACCCUAGUAAUCAAUAGUACCAUCGACGAUUUGAUACAUGGGACGCCCCCACAUUAUAUGCAAUUCUGUAUUGUGGUGUCAAUAGUAGAAAGAGUGUCACCUCAACUGACAAUAUUUUAGUUCAUAGACUUGAUUCUUGACUUUUGUCGAGUAGAAGUUUGGUACAACUGCAAUAAAUAGCAAUGUCUCAAUUUAUAGUAGACUGUCACUUUUUUUAA